GUUGAAUUUCAAAUUUAAAAAAAAAACAGCGUAGGCGGCGGCUUGAACACACUGAACAAGGUCCCAGUGCAGGUUAGCUUAAAAACAAAAAGACGAAGAAAAUCCCGGCACAGUUUCACUUCUACAAAAGCCCGGAACACCGGCGGACCAUCAUGUCCCGCCUGCCAGUCAUGGCGACUAAGCGGGUUCUCGCAAGCGGCUCCGAGAACAUUCCGGACUCUCAGCCUAUUCAGAAAAAGUCCCGUAUGGACCCACAGUCCGUUAGACCCAAAGUUGCUGCCACAGUGGUUGGCACCAAGCGGGCACCCGUUGCAUCAACCAGGCCACCACUUGCUAAGCCAAUGCGAGGUGGUGUCCAUGUGGCUGCGACUGUGGCUGUGGGUCCUUCCAAGGGCGUCCCCAGAGCGUCUGUGGCUUCAAGCGCAGCGAAGCGAGGGAACGUGAAACCAGGCGUCUCAUCGACUGGCACAAAAGCAGGAGGCGGUGGUGGCGGCGGCGGCACCCGCAGACAGCCAUGGGACCUAAAGGGCAAAGUCAGCGACAUGGAGGUGAAACUCCACACCUUCCAGAGCAAGGUGAAAUCUGCCAACGAGGAGAACGGAGAGCUGAGGAUCUCCGUGGCUCAGUGUCACUUGAGAGCGACUGAAACGGAGAGAGAGCUUUCGCGGCAGAGGAGCCUGAUCAGCGAGCAAGAGAGCAAGCUGCUGGCCCUCGCGGGUGUCCAGGCUGAGUUGGAACAGGUCUGCAGUGAAAAGAACACUCUGCAGAUGGAGCUGACAAACCUGCAGAGCAAACAGAAGGUGAUGGAGACGCUGCGGAUCAGUCAGGAGACUGAGCUGCAGACUCUCAAGAUGAAGCUCUCCGUGCAGGAGACCACUCUGGCCCGCCUGCAGGUGAGCCUCCGGGAUGCAGAGGAGCAAGUCUGCUCUCUAAAGGACACGGUGUCCCAGCAGAAAGAUCAACUCCACGCUGGGGAGAUGGAGCGCAGGCGUCUUCAUAACACGGUCCAGGAGCUUAAGGGAAAUAUCAGAGUCUUCUGCAGAGUGCGCCCCCUGGUGGGCGGAGGCCACAGCAAACACAUCCAGCUGGCCCCCGCUGACGACAAGACUAUAACGCUGGCCAAAACCGAGGAGUCUCACACAGGAAAGAGUGCCGACACGCAGAAGAACUACAACUUUAGCUUUGACCACGUCUUUGGGCCCCAGGCUUCACAGCAGGAAAUAUUUGAGGAGAUCUCGCUGCUGGUGCAGUCGGCGCUGGACGGCUACAACGUCUGCUGCUUUGCGUACGGCCAGACGGGAAGCGGGAAGACGUACACCAUGGAGGGGGCGGAGUACGACGAGGCCCGCGGCGUCAUCCCCAGAGCCGUGCAGCAAAUAUUUCGAGCAGCAGAGAAACUAGAGGAGCAAGGCUGGGAGUUCACGUUCACGGCAAGCUUUGUUGAAAUCUACAAUGAGAGUCUCCGAGACCUCCUUUACACGGGCAAGGCCAGCAAGAGGCCCGAGCACGAGAUCCGCAAGUCCGCCAACAACGAGGUGACCAUCACCAACCUUGCAUAUCAACAAGUCUGCAACGAGGACCAGGUCCUCGGCUUGAUCGCAUUGGCCAACCAGAACCGAUCCACAGCUCAGACGGCCCAAAACGACCGCUCGUCUCGCUCCCACUCAGUCUUCCAACUGGACAUCAGAGGAGUGAACGCGAGCAGGGAUGUGAGGUGCAAGUCCACGCUGUGCCUGGUGGACCUGGCUGGUAGCGAGCGUAUGGUGAAGAGCCAGUCCCAGGGCGAGCGCUUCAAGGAGAUGACCGCCAUUAACGGCUCCCUGUCCAACUUGGGCAUUGUCAUUGCCGCGUUAGCCAACAAGGAGAGCCACGUCCCCUACAGGAACUCCAAGCUCACUUACCUCCUGCAGGGAUGCUUGGGAGGGAACAGCAAAACUCUGAUGUUUGUCAACAUUGCCCCUGAGCCAGACAGCUUUGGGGAAACUCUGAACUCCUUGAGGUUUGCCAGCAAGGUGAACGAUUGUGUGAUUGGCACUGCAAGCGCAAACCGCAAGUAGACCUGGACCACCACCUUUUUUUUUUUAACGAAUAAACUAUCACUUUGAUUCUUUU